AUGCCAACGGCCCUUGUACUCCGCGCCUGUACAAGGCUUGAGCUUCCUAUAACGCCCCAAGCAUGGACUCGAAGAGCUGUUUUUCUCGCAUUACGAUACAACACUACGAGAAGUCGCUCAAGAUUGAUUCGCUCCUACCAUCUCGAUACUACACAGCCAUCCGUCUCGGAAGUUGGCUCUCAAAUAUUAUCACAACUACGUCCUCGUAAUGCAACCCCGAACCCUCCCAAGACGCAGACAUACACUCCCCCCUCACUACGAGAUCGCAAGCAGAAUCAGGAAAGGGCCAGGGCGUCUAGUCAUAUACAUAGACUCGCAUCAAGAAAGAGAUGCCUGCGCAGCAAAAACUCCCAUCAACAAAGGCAUCGGAAAAUCCCGGAAUUUACGCAACAGGCUACCGAAGAGCAACGCAAGGCUAUAGAGAGAAAGAAGAAGAGUAGGCAAGAAACAUAUAACCAAUGGGGUUAUUUGCGUCACCAGCACUCUGGAGAUGAGUUGGUUGCCGAAAGACGGCAGUUUAACAUCUGGAAGCGAAGAAUUCAACUGCUUGAGGCCCCUGUAAAGCCCAGAUCAUGGCCAUGGCUCGACCACGGGAAAUUCUUGUACGAACUGGAGAGUACUUCGGAUAUGAGAAAGGCCUGGCAUGGACUGGACAUUGAAUACCGGAAGAAAAUAUGGCCAACUGCAAUGCUAUCGACUCUGCAUUCAUGUCCAGGAAAGGCCGUCCAAGUCCUCGAGUCUACGCUGGAUCCCUUACCUCAAGGUUAUGCAAUUCUCGAUGUUGCCCAUUUUUGCAUCUCGAAUCUCAGAUUGAACAACGUCAAGAUUAUGCGCGAUCGUGUUACGAAGGCUGACGAGGUACUCGAGCUUUUUGCAAAGCUCGUUGAGGAUCUUCCCUCUGGCCACGUUCCAAUCCGUCAGUCUACCCUGGGUCGUCUCGGAAAGGAUCUGCCCCUUGAGCAAGCGGUUGAGAUGCUCCAAAUUUUACAAAAGUCGGGCAUCAAGUUACAUCGAAAUACACUUUUGCACUUCGCGAGGAAGCUUGCGAGUAGCAGUGCGUACAAAUCCAAGGCAUUUGAACUUCUUCGCGAGAUUGCAGACAAAGGCCACGAUCUUAACUCAGCUGGGUUCGCGAGCGUUGUCACGACUUUGCUACUUUCUAGGCAAGCGAAAAAUGGAUGGUCCACAUCUGACGAAAGUUUUCCGCCUCAGCGGGCUCUUGAGUAUUUUCUUGAGCGCGGCUUCUCCCCUAACUUGAUCAACUUCACGUCUCUGGUUGAAUCACUCUGUUUACAGGGAGAUAUUGCAGAAGCAGUUCGGCUUCCGCUGCUGCUCGCAGAGAACGGCGUUGAGCUGGACAAACGGUGCUAUACCACUGUUUUCAGAGGCGCAAAGGCCAGCCUUAAAGCAUCCAAUGUACAGCUUGCACUCGACGUCGCUCGAGCGGCUAAAGUACCAUACGUUGAUGUGCUAAACAACACACUCCAUUCUAUCUUCUACUUUGCAGAGAUGGAGAGCCGUGAGAGGCAGUAUCCAUCGCCAUGGACCGUUCCCAUCUUUGGGACCAUGCUUCGCAUCUAUGCCAAGAAAUUCGACCUGGAGCCUCUGCAAUGGCUGCUGCCCGACACUCUGCCCCUAAUUCUCAGCCAGGAAGAUGUUGACGGUAUUGAGAAAUUCAGGUCUGGCCCUAGAAGAGAGUGGGGGUUUAGGACGACCAUUGUUCCAGUUGUAAAUGAGUUCUUUGAGCGCAGGGCGCCCCGACAGAAGCCCAACGCGGAGACUCUAGCUAUCAUGCUACGUGCAUACGUCAAGACCCUCUACCGACCUUACGAUUUAAUGUCGUUUUACAGCUUCUUCAAAUCCCGUCUAGAGGAGCAUGGGACUGAAAAGAAUUGGGGUCGAGAGCUUGUGGAAGAUCAAGGGAGCGUGGUCCAUGACACAUUGAUCCAGGUCAUGCUCGGGCAAAAGUCUCUACUCCGCCCAGCAUUACAGGUUUUCGGUGACAUGCUUCGCGGCACGUUAACUUCCAAGACCAAGGAAGAGGGCAUUGAAACAACGUCGCCUACUGAUGGCAUACAGGCUCACCCAGCGCCAAGCCUUUUCACAUUCACUAUCCUCUUGCAUGGUCUUUUGAUGCGAAGAGAGAAAAUGCUAGGGGAGCAAAUGCUUCAGGUCAUGCGGGAGCACAAUCUGGAACCCAACGACGUGACUUGGAAUACCCUCGUGAAGGGCUAUGCGUCAAUGCAGAAUCUGUCACAGACGGUGGGCACGCUACAGGACCUUGAGGCGGCUGGGUACAAGCCUGACGCAUAUACCUUCAAGGCAUUUUCGAGACUUAAGGAUCAGACCCGGGCACUUGAAACGAUGGAAAAGAUUAUUGACGAGAACAAGAAGAGGCUGGAGCAACACCACUCUCAAUGA